AUGUCAGUUACAGAGGAUCAAAUCAUCAAGGAUGUCCAGGAAGUAUGCAAACAAGCCGUCGAUCUUGGGAAACACCUGAAUCUUACCGCCCGAGGAGUCAUUCAACAGUUGAUCGAUGACUUAAAGCAUGAUGAAGAAUUUGUGAACUCCAAACCAAUCAAGAAAUUAAUCAAAGAUACCGCGGCAGUAUGCCUAAAGGCCAGUAUCAAACCUGAAUCCGAUUCAACAGAUCAAAUGCCAAGCGACCCUAAAAACAUGGCUGGUGAACCUGAACAAACUACCAUCAAGGAAGACUCAGAGAAACCUGAAGGAACGUCCACCAGGAAAGACUCAGUCGAUCAAUCGGAAGAAACCAAGAGCACGAAAAAAGCAAGAGGCAAAGGCGGUUUCAAGUCAUCCGAAAUGGUUGACUCCGAUGGCAAUUCAGUUCACGAAAAUGAAGAAUCAACUUCCACUGUCAGGCCAACCUCCAAGCCAAAAGUGAAAAGAGAAAGGAAGACUAAAGGAACCAAAAAGAGCGACUCAGCUCAGGAAUCAAAGAAAAACGGCGAGGGCAGUGAUGCUCAAAACUCAGAGAGCGAAGAAAAACCCGCGUCGAGCACGCCUGCGCCAAAAAGUGGAAAGGGCAAACGGCGGGAGACUUUGCCUGUUGAUAAAGACGAGGAGAGGAUCAAAAAAUUAAAAUCAUUUGUGGUGGCAUGUGGAGUACGGAAACAAUGGAAAAAAGAAUUCCAAGAUUUGCCAACAAGUAAACAACAGAUCGGACGACUAACGAAGAUUUUAGACGAUUUAGGGAUGACUGGUAGGUUGAGUAUGAACAAAGCAAAGGAAAUCAAGGCGCGUCGAGAUUUAGAAGCCGAAGUUAGUGAAUUAGUAGCCACUCGUGAAACCGAAUCAAGUAAUGAAGAAGAUGAGGAGGAGGAAGGUGGAGAUCAAGACGAGGCAGCGGAAGACGGCAACAAGAAGAAAAGCUCAGUUAGAAAACGUAAAAAGAACCGCACUGUCAACGCCUCGAGCGGUGAUGAAUCAAGCGAUACGGCAAAUAAGCCUAGGAAAAAGAGAAAUCCUUUUGCUUUCUUGGGUGACCAAGGAUCUGAAGACUCCUCGUAA